AUGGCUGAUUACUGGAAGAGCAAUCCUAAGAAGUAUUGUGACAUAUGCAAGUGCUGGAUUCAAGAUAAUGCAAUAAGCAUCAAUAAUCAUGAGAGUGGUCAGCGUCAUAUUGGCAAUGUUCAGAAAAAGCUGAAUGAGCUUCAACGGAACGCGAAUGCUUCCUCCAAGGGCAAGAUGCGUGAGAAAAUAUCGUUAAUAAACGAUAUGGCUUUUGUUGGGAUGGUGAAGGAUAUUGAACGUGACCCCUCUCUUGCAAAGCGCUAUGGUGUCGACCUUUCAGACGAUCAAUUUUCUAAUAUGAAGGAAAAGCUAAAGAAAAUACAAGGAGAAAAGCAGUCAAAGGCGCGUAAAUUUGAUAAAAAUAACCCUACUGCAUCUGUUGCUCCCGUACCUGUGGUUUCCAAACCAAUUACUUACGAAUGGAAAGAAGUGAAAACAACAGAUGGUCGAAUGUACUAUUGGAACAAGAAGACUGGUGUAACACAAUGGGAACGUCCCAGGACUUCGAUCCAACCUGCCAAUGACUCAGAGUGCGUUUCACAGGAGAAGAAAAGGCUCGACCAGUUUUUGUUCAAUCGACUUGUUGAACUAAGCGAGUCAGGUGUGUCCGAGGCCAGUUCGGCCGUUUGUCAGGCAUUUGGAGCAUCGCCAGGGGAAACCCAGCCGGCCGUUCCAAAGUUUGAGGCAGAAGAGUGUGUAAUUCAUGAAGGUCCUGUGAUGCCGGAUCGUUGCGUCGGGGUAAGUCCUAGCCAGGAGAAAAGGCCACGAAUAAAUCUACUGGGUGAAUGGGAGCCCGUACUUCCUGCAGAACCAGUGGAGAACGUUGCCGUGUAUACUGCACCGGAGGAACCGGAACCACCAAAGCCAGAGAGCGAUAUCAAGCUUCGAAUCACCUCGUUGGCGAGUAAAACUUUUAAAGGUAAUGAGGAAAAGCUGCAGGAAAUUACCGAAAAGGCCGAACUCCUAUCUCACCUUUCGGAGGUCAACGAGGCUGACAUAUCCUCGCAUUACCACCUCAGUUUUGAGGAAAAGCAUGCCCCCAUCUCGUUGGCUGCCAAGAGGGCAGCUCUUAAAAUUGAAUUUCGCCCCAAACCGUGUCCCGAGAUUAAAACCGAACCUUCUAUCAUUCCAGUGCCGCCCAUACCAUUUAAGCGAAAAGUCAACACCGUCCGGAGUCUAAGAGGUCGAAACAACGAUGAAUAG